CCACGAAUCUCCAUGAUUCUGUGAACAACUAGUUUGGCUUUCGAUAAAGUCUUAGAAUAACUACCUGUAUCAAACUGAGUCGGCUGAUGCGCUUAACGCAUGAACAAGUAAGUACCAUGGAUUAACGCUUCUUCGCGACUGUGCUUUCCACAUUUUGUACUAAAUGCGUACUAACUUUGUUUGAGAUAACGCAAGAAUGACGACGCGACGCUCAGGUCCCCAACUAUCUACUUGGUGACAGCGUACAUGACACAGCUCCUAGUGGCUCUCUCGAGGUCGGAUCACUCACGCAUGUUUCCUCGUGUGUUUAUGAACGGGAGCAUCCAAUUACGAUGGCAAACAGCGACGACGAGGAUGAGCGGCUGGCUGCCGUGCUAGGCCAGUCCAUAGACACCCAGGUGGAUGGAGCUGCAGCACCUGGAACGGCAUUACAUGCGGCGAAUCCGUUACUACGGUAUUCCGGUGGAGCGAAAGGGGCUAAGGUACGACCCUGCGCUAGUAUUUGUCUACUUACUCAAGAUUAAGACGAUCGUCGAAAAAUUAUAUUCUCGAUGAAUUUGUGCGCAAAGAUGCGCGUCUAGAGUAAUUUUCUACUGAGCGCUGUGUGAAAUUGUCCUAUUCGGAAGUUUGCCGUCCAUAAGGAAGUCGGCACUAGUUCAUUUUUCGAUGUGUCCCUUCGUCCGUUGUAAUUAAUCAUCAAAUACACUAGAUCAUUUUUCGAAUAAGCGAAAGUAUUUCUAUCAACAGGGCAAGGGCAAAAAAGGAAGUAAAGGGGAUGGCGCAAAAGAUCGACAGGAGGUUGGGCAAAAUUACAUCUGUCCGGUCUGCGGUAAGAAGGGAGAACACUGGCUACAGGACUGUCCGACAAGGCUAGCGAAUUUAUGGUUCAAGACUUCCAGUACUUUUUACAUGACAGGAUUUUUCAGAGGAGAGAAAGCAAUCUUCAUCAUAAGCGCAAUAUACUAAGUAAUGAGCCUAACGUUAGGGUUGUUUCGAUCUUCUUAUCUAAUUUUUUUUGGUGUUUCGCUAGAAGAGGAUGGAGAGGGCGGCUUGGAUUACGAAGCUUGGUCAUUGGAGGUGGAAAAACGUAAGGCGGGCAGCAAAAUACGGUUUGCACGUGGUAUUCCCAUGAACUAUCUGCAAGAGUGCCCAACAUUCGAAGCUGCCUGUGAGCGGUCGGUAGAUGGCGUGUGCUACUUAAGGCGUGAAAAGCCCGGCAAGUAUUUUGCGUACGUGCACGACGUGAGCAGCACCUUAUUUUUGGGAAAGCACAUGCAGAAGUUGCAGACACCAGUGAGCGAAAAACUCUUCUACGCGUAUGGCCAGGGCCUGCACAACGCGCUCCAAUAUUUAUGCUGUACCGUGUGCGGCAAUCUGCUGAACUACCCAGAAAUCGUGCCUUGCUGCGGAACCUGCUUUUGCAGAGACUGUAUCGUGGAGCGACGGAACUGCCCAGCGUGCAAGAAAGAAGUCCUUUCGCAUAGGCUAAAGCCACACAUUGUCGCGAAAAAGAUCACAGACAAAAUUCGUGCGGGUACUGUCACUGAUAUUAAUUUAAAAAGUGUUAAGUAGAAAAAGAAUCAUAAGGCCGAUAUUGAUUUCAUUAUCAUGAAGCUGUCCGUUGAGAGGAGGUUUUAUAUCGGAAUUCAUUCGGUAAAUGGGAUUUGACGUUAGAAUUUUUGCCUCAACUCUCUACAGCCAAAGUCCACGAACUACGUCGGCGCGAGGAGAACGAGACGCGUCGCCGAGAAGCAUGGCGUGCAAAGCAAGCGCUAGUGGAGGAGGGUCUGGUGGAGGAAGAAAGACAGAAGCGUGCGGAGGAACAGCGCAAGGCCUUGCACAUGCUGCACAAAAAGAUGCUCGAGGACAAACUCGGGAAGCUCGAACGCAAGAUCGUGAAAAAGCGCACGAAGAUUCUCGACGACAUGCUCGGAGAAGCGACUGGGACCUCCUUUUCGUCGAGUCAAAAGAAAGAGGAGGGUGAAGGUGCUGUUGAUGGCGUGACUGCAGUUGUGGAGGGCGAGGCGCAGCAACAGGAGCCUGCAGACAAAACAGCAGCCGAAGAAUCUGCUCCGGCAACCGCUAAAGCAAAAGAUGACGCUGCACCCUUAGAAAAGGACAGUGGAGUAGACGGGAAGCGCGCUAAGGAAGAGGAACGGUUGCGAUUCGAUGACGAAGAGGGUCCACCAGAAAUCCGAAAUCCUGCCGAGUUUGAUCUUUUCAAGCUAAUCCUGAAAAAGCGAGCUCUUGGAUCAGAACUCGAAGAGUUCGAUCGUGCAGAGGAAGAAGCGCAUCCGACAAAAGGAAAACGUCGCGAUUCUCGGGAAGACAGCCUGCUGCAACAGCAGGGCGGCUCUCUUCUCAUCCCUGCACCCAUCAGUGGAGGCAUCUUGUCGCCACCGCACUUCCUUGCACCACCAGUUAGAAAAAACGUUGAAGCCAUUGCGCCUGCGGUUGUUGUUCCAGGUACGAGUUUAGGACAACAAAAUCACCCUAUGAAUCAGCAAGUACUAGUGCCACCAGCUCCCAACGUGCAACAGCCACCUUCGGCAAGUGGUGUGUAUAUCCGCACACUAGGAGCAGAAAUCACCACAACUGUGGCUUCUGCCACUUCGAGCACCAGUGUACAGCAUCUUCCUACAACGGAGACGGAAGUUUCUCUCGCGCCAUCAUCUGCGAUGCCUGUCCUGACAAGUGUGAGGAGAACAAACAGCAGCGCUACGGAUAUGACGGAAGAGGAACCAGAUAUCUAUGACUUAAAAGAGCCGGGGCCUUUUGGUGGGGUUCAACAGCAGGAGAUGCCGAGGAUGGGAACAGCAGUACCCAUUUAUCAACAGGAGACAUCAUCCAGUGUUGUACCACCAGCGACUGCAUCUUCAAAUCCCGCGUUCAUUCCAUCCUCAUCGUCUUCUUCGUCAUCGGCGCCAGUCUUUCCUGGAAAUAUCGUCAACGGCGCGAAUCCUGUUGCACAGAGUAGCAGUGCGAGUAGUUCCUCAUCCUCAGCUCGGGUGAUCACCUUGCCCUCGGUACUAGCAGAUGCUCCUGUGGCCACCACUAUUGCCCCACAUAUAAUCUCAAUCACUGCUUCUAGUACAACAAGACAAUCCUCCCUAGAUCCUGCAGGACCUGGAUCUGUGAUGUCACCCGAGGACGGACCCGCCGAGGGAACACCGAUAGAAGCGGACGCAGCUGCGCCCGGCAGCGAGAAAAAGAAGAAGAAGCGGAAGAAAAUGACCCCCGAAGAAUUUUUCGCUUGGCAAGAACAGAUGCGGAAAGCUGCUGAAGAAGGAAAACCGCCACCAAUUAGUCCACUUGCUUCAGACACGUGAAUGAAGUUGAAGACUUCCCUUAACGUUAACCACCCUAAGUUUGAUCUCCAUACACAUCUCCAUCAACAACCCCACAUUUUAAGUCGCGCGGCGACGAUUUUGAUUUCAUAAGGUUGAC